AUGUCCCCGAAAAGACAGCAGGAGUCAGGAUGGGAAAAAAAGAAGAAACUGCGGGAUGAUGCCCGUGCAUUACUUGCAGAUAAACCACAGACAAAAUUAAGUGUUUCUCCACAGCAGUGGUUGACUAAAGGAGAUUCAGUGACUCUGAUGUGUGAGGUUAGAAGUUCAUCUACAGGCUGGAAAUUCAGCUGGUUCACUAUACAGAGUCUUUACCCAGUCAGCAGUGGAGGAUCUAAAGGCAUCUACACAGUGAGUUCAGUGACUGUGAAGCACACAGGAGUUUAUAUGUGCAGAGCAGAGAGAGGAGAUCCAGUCUAUCACACAGAGUACAGUAACACACAAACACUGUGGAUCACUGGUGUUUCUCCUUCAGUCUCUCUGAUCAUCAGACCCAACAGAUCUCAACACUUCUCAUCUGAAUCUCUCUCUCUGAGCUGUGAGGAUCACAGUAACUCUACUGGAUGGACAGUGAGAAGAUACACAAACACAUUGGGAACUUGUUCAUCAUCAAACUGGAGAUCUACAGGAACAACAUCUACAUGUACAAUCAGAUAUCUCGACACAUCUGAUUCUGGAGUGUACUGGUGUCAGUCUAAAUCUGGAGAGAAACUUCAUCCUGUUAAUAUCUCAGUACACUAUGGGGUGAUUCUGUACAGUCCUGUUCAUCCUGUGACUGAAGGAGAUCCUCUGACUCUACGCUGUUUAUCGCGAUAUCAAUCCCCCUCUAACCUGAUAGCUGGAUUUUAUAAAGAUGGAUCAGUGGUGCAGACUACAGGAAACGUGAUGAUCAUCCCUAGAGUCUCAAAGUCACAUGAGGGUUUCUACUACUGUAAACCCCCAGAGAUAAGUGAGUCUCCAGAGAGCUGGAUCAGAGGUGGGAGUCUAUCAAUAAAUGCAUUUAUGAAGAUGUUUAUAAGCAGAAUCAACGAAGGUGAACUGUUCAUUACUGGAAAAAUACUUGUGUAUUUAUAAAUGUUGUGAUUUAUAAAUCUAAGUCUUGUGGUUAA